CCUCACACUGCACCAUCAACCUCCGUAUAUCCACCGACCACAAUGUCAUUCAAAUUCGGGUUGAAUCUCAAGAAUAAGGCCCCGGGUGCGCCCCCAAAGUCCUCGAAACCUGUAUUAGGAAAGAAGAAGCCGCUACUCGAUGAGGAUGGCGAUGGAAAUUCAAACGACGCGAAGCAAACGGGCAGCGGAGAGGAGAUUGGCGAGUUUACUUUCGAGGAUACUCUCAGAACCACUUCGGAUUCCAAGAAAUCCGCGCCCAAGCCCAAGGCAAAACCCACUGGCCCUCCCACACGCAAGCCAUUAGCAAAAGCGGAUGACCCGACAGCGUUUGAAAACUCCGCGAGUAUCAAAGAAUCGGAAAGGCGCGCACAAGAAGCCAUGGAAGUCGAUGCUUCAAUAUACGAUUAUGAUACCGCCUAUGAUGCCAUCCACGCCCGAACAGCUUUGAAGAAGGCUGUUGAAAAGGAGGAGGCGCAACAGCGCAAACCCAAAUACAUGGAGAACCUCCUUGAGUCGGCAGAAGUCCGCAAGAGGGACCAACUUCGAGCGCGGGACAAAGUUUUGCAGAGCGAAAGAGAGGCCGAGGGAGACACGUAUGCGGAUAAAGACAAGUUUGUCACAUCUGCAUACAAAUUACAGCAGGAAGAGGCACGGAAGGCUGAGGAGGAAGAGAAGAUAAGGCAGGAAGCCGAAGAGGCCAACAAACGGAAGUUUGGUAUGCAGGGGUUCCACAAACAAAUGCUUCUGGAGGAAGAGAAGCGUCACCAAGAAGCAAUGGAAGCGGCAGCCGAGGCAGCAAAGAAGGGCAUUACAUUGGGCGAAGGACCUAAGGAGAAGACAGAUGCCGAGAUCGCUCGCGAGCUGCAAGCUCAGGGUAAAAGUGUGACGCUCAACGACGAUGGCCAGGUCGCGGAUAAGAGGCAAUUGCUUGCUGCAGGACUGAAUAUCGUUGCAAAACCCAAGAAAGCAACUGCAUCUACUCCAACCUCGAAAAAUGACAGUCCAACUCCUAACCACCAAGGUCGAAACACGGCACGAAACGAGAUCAGAGCGAGACAUACACAAAUGGUGGCUGAACAGAUUGAAAAGGCUGCAAAGCGUAAGGCGGAAGAAGAAGCGGAAGAACAGAGCAGGCUGCAGCGUGCAAGCAAAAGUCAGAAAACGGAUGGUGAGAUUAGCAGCGCCAAAGAACGUUACCUGCAGAGAAAGAGAGAAGCGGCUGCUGCCAAGGUGGCUGCAGAGGGAAAAUGAGACUUGCAAGCUGCUGAGUAAAGCAAUAUUACUCACUGAUGCACUUCAUCCGGCCAAAUCACGAGACGACAUGCUCCAGACGGACCAAAGACGACUAUCCCCUACGGCACUCGUCUCCACUGGUUUGUGCCACUCCACGUUUGAAUUAUGGGAUGCUAUGUCUUGUAGAGUACUCAGGCUCAGCACACGGGUGUUUCUCUACCCAGUCGCGCUGCCCUCUUUUCGAAUGUACGUGACAAAAGUGCGACAGAAU